AUGUGUAAGGUAUUCCCCUUUAGUCUCGGCUCCACGGCCUUGAGAUGGUUCAAUGGAUUACAAAAAGGUUCCAUUCGCAGCUUCGCCGAGCUAAUCCAGGAGUUCGACGCUAGAUUCGUGACGUGCAGCCGAGUGCUACAACCGGUGGACGCGCUACUUUCCAUAAAAAUGAGGGUUGGCGAAACCCUUCGGAGUUAUGCCAGUCGAUAUUGGGAACUAUACAAUGAGAUCGGUGGGGGAAAUGAGAACAUAGCGGCAAGCACCUUCAUGAUGGGACUUCCCAAAGAUUCCGAACUAUGGGAGUUGUUGACGAAAAGACCUCCCGAGAAUAUGAGGCAACUUAUGAGGCGUAUUGAGGAGUAUAAGCGUCUCGAAGAUGAUCGGUUGCAUAAUAAGAGGAAGGCCCCGUUGCUCGGUAGAUCUCGACAGGGCACUAUUCCGACAAGACCAAAAAAGGAUUUCAAGAUGCAGGAAUCAGAAGCGCAAAUUGAAGGGUGUCGGGUAUUAAAAGAUCAUCUGGGGCAACUAGUAAAGGCAAGGUAUUUGAAAGAGUUCGUUUUGGAUUCCCGUAACCGAGAUGCCGGCCAGGGUGCUCAGCAGAAAAGGAAUCCCCUCCCACCACCGCUGGGAGUGAUCGAAGUCAUCCACGCUGCCUCAAGGAGUGCGGCCACAGUUAGGAGAGUAUUGACAGUGGCUUGCACGAAGGAAAAAUCACCCGAGAAAAUGAUGAAAGUUGGUCAGCUAACAAUCUCUUUUAACGAGGAAGAUUUGGAGGGGACGAUCCAACCUCAUGAUGAUGCAUUGGUAGUAACAGCACAGAUAAACGGCUUCUUGGUGAAAAGAGUGAUGAUAGACCAGGGAAGCAGAGCUGAUGUAAUGUACAAAUAUCUCGGAAUGAAGGAUGAAAUUCAAGUCUUUGACGUAGACUGUUCUAAUGUCCGUGACGAACAAUUUGCCGUCUGCAAAGGAACGAGAUAUGAUAUCAAUAACCAGUAA